CGACCACUCAAUUCCCUACGGUUUCGUUUUAUUUUGCCUUUCGACUAUCUAAUUUGCCUUCUCGUUGUCGCAUUCCCACCACGGCACUUAGCACUUUGUAUACUACACUACGUCGCAGACGCACCGACACAGCCAUCUUGUUCUUAACUUGGUCGAUCCAGCCAGAUGUCACCCCGUCGAUUACCUUAAAACAUGGACCCAACAUGCCAACGUGCCCGAGGCUCGACGCCCGUCCAUACAUAUUCGACCCACGAUGGCGGUACGCCAAUUGGUGUCAGACUACUCCUUGGUGAACAGUGUCGUCGACCGGUCGACUUGGCCUCUUUCCUCCUGGCUACGGCGCCAAGCUUGCUCGACAAAAGAAGACAUAAGCCCAAGAACGACGAGCCGUCUCACAAACCAUGCCAUCGCACCAUGGUCGACCCCGCCUGUCCACGGGAUCCCGCACUGGCACGGCGUGUUUGCUGCAGACCAUUCCCAAGAACUCGAGAAAUAGCCAAACCUGACAAUUUGCCGCUUCAAAGCCCAGCCAGACGAAAGCUGGGCGUUCUUGGCUGCAGAUACCAAGCACCUUCAGCCUGUAUCCCCCAUCCUGUCCACCUUGCGCCCGCCGCUUCGCCGUUCAAUGAGGCUGUGCAAGCAAUGCCAAGACCUGUGAGGAUGGGUGGUUUCGCCCUGGCUUCAACUCUCGCCGGUCCAGGGGGGCCACAUCACCAGCGCUCUACACUCAAUCAGAGGAGAAGCAAUCAAAACGAGGCCUUUAACAAGUCUUGGCAUUGCUCCUUUCACACUCACUGGCCGCCACAUGCAUUUUAUUUGCGCGAUUUAAUUAAGGUUCUAGGAGGAAUACUCGCACACUUUGUGCCGUCCUGCAUUGUCAUCAUCCAUUGGCUGUACGGAUACCGCCAGAAGGCUCGCCGAUGUGCCACGAGCCUAAUGAGCCUGCCAAUGCCACGGAAAUCUACCAAGCUUUCCGGCCAAAUCUUGGAUGCACGACACCCGAGCGAGAAAACGACCGCGUGCACCAUUAGCAACAUGGCUGCCCGCACACCUCAGAUGUAGUUACAGACUACAAUGACUCUUCAAGUUUUGAGCCAUCGUCCACGCUGGAACUCUCCACGUUUGGUCGCAGUUCUUCCAGACUCAAUCAGACCACCAUGUUCGCCUCCCCAGACGAUCGCGACAACCCCGACAGUUUAGAGACGAGUGGUCCCCGAAAUGCCCCAGAUGUGGAGGGUCGAAUGGGGUGCUUGUGUUCGGACGCCAGGCCGAGAUUAGGAAGGAC